AUGGUGGCAGAGGAAUAUGUGGCUCCAUCAAGGUCACAUCUUAGUUUAUCGUUUAAGGUUUCUGAUGAUGAUGAUGAUGAUGUUAAUAAUGAUGAUGAUGAUGAUGAUGAUGAUGAUGAUGAUGAUGAUGAUAAUGAUAUGAAAUUUCAUUUGUUUGUACCAUCAAAGGAGCCAGUCAAUGAAGCUGUGAUUACUCCAGCUGAGACAGAGACUAAAAUCAAUAUUUUCAAGCAACCGAACAAUCCGACGCCGAACAGAUGGAAGCCCUUAUUGAAAAAUUACAGUCAACUGUAA